CAAAUAGAUGGCAGUAAAGCUUAAGCUUGUGAAAGAUACCGCACUUACGUUAUCACAGUCACAAACUGUUAUCUAAACUGUGUUGGGAUAUAUCACAGACCGAAGCCUCAGACCCGUCACACAAGUUUGAUUUCUUGGUAUGGUUGACAAGCGAAACUCUUCCUUUCCUCUGCCAAUAACUGUCAACCUAACUGAAAAAAACUGAAUGCAAUGAACUGAGCGAGUGUCGUGGUCGACAUUUUGGUGUUGUGAAAAAGGACUUUUGAAGCAGAGGUGAAAAGGAAUAAUGACAGUAUUUCUUGCAGUGAAGAGGCACACUGCAUGUACAGUCUACUGACAAAACGAUACAGACGUGACAAGAGGAGACCAGAAGAUGGCAUCGGGGUGUUUUCUGCACCCAAGGUGCCCCAAGGAUCCCGUCCUUUGCGCCAUCGUCUGUGCCUGGUGUCCACUGCCUUCCAGGUGGCGGCGGUGGCGGACUCCAGCUGGGCUCUGAGUGACGAGGACCUCAUUGGAUUAUUUAAUGAAUGCAAAUCAGAUCCUUGCGAUACAGACUGGUGGAGAGCCUCGAGGGCGUUCUCCAUCCUGGGGCUGCUGACGGUGAUUCUCAGCCUCUUCCUGGGAUUGGUGCACGUUGUCCUCCCAGACAGACCCAUCAUCCUGCUGCUUGCUUCCGUGUCUUGUGGCGUGUCAGUGCUGUUUCUUGUCAUAGAAGGGGGGAUAUCACUACAGUCCAGGACGGACCGUGACUCCACCUCCGUGACCUUUGGUGUCGACAUCGUCUUGUCUGUCUUCGCGUGCGGGUUCAGCUUUUUCUCUGCGCUGUUAUAUCUGAUGGGGCGAACUCAUUAAAGUUGGCAAAAUUGUUGAGACAACAGUGAGCUUGAGUGGAGAAAGACAUACACAAAGAAAUGUAUCGCUUGAAAGUACAUUUCUUUUUAUUCGCAGUAUUGUAGAGCCACCCUCCUCCUCACAAACUAACUUGAUGCACGUUCAGUUUUAUCCAAACAAAAUAUAAAUAUGAAAGGUCAUUGCUAUCUCGCAGUGAAGUAACACAAAUUCACAAAUUCUCUGCUUUUUCUGUCAUUUAAAAACUGUCAGAAAUGCUAGCAAAACGCGACCAUACAUCCAUACACGCUGACAUAAACACACACAGACACUGGAUGCUGUGAAUAUUCACGUCAUGUGAUCUCCUAUACAUAGAACACAAUACUGAUUGAUUGAUAUACGUGUUGUAGCGUAAACAAUUAUUUAUAAUUAAAAGUAGAAAAUGUACGAACUUUUUUCUUCUUUGAUUGAAA